CUUCAGUGCAAGUCGAAAACAAAACGGAGUAACGGAGCGUAAAGAGAACAAGGGGGGAAGAGGGAAGCGCACUCGAACAUUAGCAUAGCAGCACAAAAGAUGGGCGACAGCGAUGAUGAGUAUGAUCGUAGAAGAAGGGACAAAUUCAGACGGGAGAGAAGUGACUAUGACCGUUCUAGAGAGAGGGAGGAUAGACGCAGAGAUGACUGGAAUGACAGGGAGUGGGAUAGAGGAAGAGAACGGCGAAGUCGUGGAGAGUAUCGGGAUUAUGAAAGAGGUCGGAGGGAGAGAUUCUCCCCGCCCAGACAUGACAUGAGUCCCCAGCAGAAACGCAUGAGACGGGACUGGGAUGACCACGGUGGAGACCCUUAUCGUGGCGGGUAUGACUUGGGUUAUGGUGGUGGAGCUGGGCCCAGCUAUGGCCCACCUCAGCAUUGGGGUCACCCUGACUUGCACCUUAUGCAACCUCAUCAUGGCAUUCCAAUCCAGGCAAGGCUGGGUAAUAUCCAUGACAUAGAUCUGGGCCCUCCCCCUCCAAUAAUGAAGAGCUUUAAGGAGUUUCUGCUGUCCUUGGAUGAUUCUGUGGAUGAGACUGAAGCAGUCAAACGGUACAAUGAGUACAAGAUCGACUUCCGCCGACAGCAGAUGCAGGAGUUCUUUUUGGCACAUAAAGAUGAGGAGUGGUUCAGGUCCAAGUACCAUCCAGAUGAGGCCAGCCGACUGAAGGCAGAGGCCCAGAGUGCCCUGCACAACCGUCUGAAUGUCUUCAUGUUCCUGAUGGAAAACGGCUGGUUUGAUGGUGUCUCCUUGGACAUUGAGCACAUGCCAGCUAUCAUAAAAGUUCUGGAUGCAGCUGUGAUAAAGAUGGAAGGAGGAACAGAUCAUGACCUUCGCAUCUUGGACCUUCCAUCUGAAGAGGACGAAGACCGGGAGAAGGCUGUUUCAGGAGGCACUGAACCAACAAAGAGAGAAGAUGUCAAAUCUUCAGAUGGUGACCGUAAACCUUCAGUAGAAAAAGACAAGAACGAGAAGGAGGAGGGCGAUUCUGCCAGCACUGAAAGAGCCGCUGCCAGGGCAGGAGAAGGGGAGGAUGUUAAAGAGGAGGCAGAGAAAGAAGCUGUUAAAGAGGAAAUGCCCCAACCCAAGAAGCCAAGACGAAAGAGGAAACGCAGUGGAGACAGUGACGAUGAAGCAAGCGCCUCAGAGAGUGAGUCAGACUCAGAUUCAGACUCCAACUCCAACUGUUCUGACAAACCUGCUAAGAGGGAAGAGGUAGAAGAUAAGGAUGACGAGCAAGAGGAGGGUGAAGGUGAAGAAGGGAAACCAAAAGAGAACACAGAGGAUGAGAAGAAAGAGGAAAAGAAGCCCAAAGAUGAUUCUCCCAGACCUCGACCAUUACACCGGACCUGCUCUCUGUUCAUGCGGAGCAUUGCUCCAACCAUUUCCAAGGCAGAGAUUAUUGCUCUGUGCCGGAGAUACCCUGGCUUUCUGCGUGUUUGCUUGUCUGACCCCCAUCCUGAACGCAGGUUUUUCAGGCGUUGCUGGGUGACCUUUGACCGCAGUGUCAACAUCAAAGAGGUCUGCUGGAACCUCCAGAAUAUUCGAUUGAGAGACUGUGAGCUGGCACCAGGGGUGAACAGGGACCUGGCCCGGAGGGUGCGUAAUGUUAAUGGUAUCACUCAGCACAAGCAGGUGCUCCGCAAUGACAUUAAACUGGCUGCCAAGCUCAUUCAUGCUUUGGAUGAGAAAGGAGACCUGUGGAGCAGCAAAACCCAGGAAGACGGGCAAAGCACUGAGUUGCCUGCUCAGAACCCCAUCUUGACAAAUAUCACCGAUUAUCUGAUAGAGGAGGUGAGCGCUGAAGAGGAGGAACUCCUCGGGACAGGCAGUGGGAUGGAUCCUGAGGAGGGCAGCAAGGAGGGAAACCCUGCAGAGACGACUGUGGAGAGAGAUGACAAGCUAGCCAAGGUUUUAGAUCGUCUUGUCUUGUAUCUGCGUGUUGUGCAUUCUAUUGACUACUACAACACCUGUGAAUACCCCAGUGAGGAUGAAAUGCCCAAUCGCUGUGGUAUGAUCCAUGUUCGCGGUCCCAUCCCUCCCAACCGGAUUACACAUGGAGAAGUACAACAGUGGCAGAAGAUGAUGGAAGAGAAACUAAGCCCUUUGUUUAGUUUAAAGGAGAUCCUUUCAGAGGAAGAGGCUGUGAAGAUGGGUCGCAAGGACCCAGAGGAGGAGGUGGAGAAGUUUGUGUCUGCCAACACUCAAGAACUGGGAAAAGACAAGUGGCUCUGCCCACUUAGUGGUAAAAAGUUUAAGGGCCCAGAGUUUGUACGCAAACACAUUUUGAACAAACAUGGAGACAAAAUUGAGGAAGUGAAAAAGGAGGUAGUGUUCUUUAACAACUUCCUGAUGGAUGCCAAGAGGCCGUCACUGCCAGAGAUGAAGCUCCCCCCUCUGCCCGGGCCAGGUCAAGGUUUGCUUUCUCCAACCAUGCCAUUUCCUCCUCAAGGCCCCCAAGGACCAAUGGGCUUCGGCCAGCCUCGUCCACCACUGAUGGGUUAUGGGGGGGGACCUCCAUAUCCACCAAACCAGUAUGGAGGAGGCAGAGGCAACUAUGACAACUUUCGUGGUCAAGGUGGCUACCUGGGAAAGCCACGCAACAUUAGGUGAGACCACUAAUGUCACGAGGUGAUCCACGCAACAUCAUCGAAUAUCGGGAUCUGGAUGCACCAGAUGACAUGGACUUCUUUUAGGAAAUUCACUGGAUCAGUUUACUCCUCAGUGUUGUACUCUUCUAGCUACUUGUACUGAUAAGUUGGUUGUUUUUCUCUUUAAUAUUUUAUUUUGUAACAUCUUGUGCAACUAGAGCAAAUGUCUGCCACACACUGGUUCCCAAAUAAAGUUGUGAUCUAAUUGCAUUAA